AUGACUGGGUUCUUACACAGCGCAAAGUUGUUUUUCCUGUCAAGCUCGCAACGCGCGGGUCUUGAGAAGGGCGAGUUUUCUGAGGUACAGGCCGAGUGGGAGGCGAAGCUGCGGCGCACCAUGCGGCACGCCGAGCGGCUGGAGGAGGGUCUCACGCAAGUGACACCGGCCUGGAAGUCGGUCAUAAAGUCUGUGCGAACGACGACGAGGAACGCGAAAGUGAAAGUGGCGAAAGGGACCGGUCGUAGAAAGCAGGUCGUGGAAGACUCGUUCCAUGACGUAGACCCCGGGUACCUUGAGUUUGUGCAGCUGUCAGAGGAAGCGCUGAGCGCACUCGAGAGCCUGUGUGGGCGCGAGCUCUUCACGGGCGGCACGACGCUGUCGCAUAUGCUCAGCGAGGUACGCCAGUACAUCGAGGGAUGCCGCACACUCAUCACCUACAUUGGACAAGACGUAGAGAACGCCCGUCUGGAGUUUGACCACUACUACAACAAGUGCGAAGCGCUGAGUCAGCGCGCUCGUCAGCGUCGUUUGACAGAGGCGGAAUCAGAGCGCAUGAUUCGGAAUCGCGUGAAACUCGAACGCGCCCGCGAUCGUUACGUUGCUCGCAAGCGCAACUACGUCGACAGCGCGCGUGCGAUGUACUACAAGUAUCCACCGCUGUGUCGCGCCGUGUUGGCCGCACUGUGGUCAUACCAGAUGAGGGCAUCGGAAGCGUUUCAGGAAGUUUCGGAAAUGGUCGAGCAACAUGUCUCGAACAAUAUUGAGCUGGCGAAGACGAUCGAUGUGCAGAGCAUGGCGCCGGCGAUUGCGGAAGAGGACAAAGAGGUCAAGCAUGAUGACCCCGAGAUUCCGCUGACGUCCUACGAAGCAGCGACCAAGUUUGAGAAAAACGUAUCGGAGGUGCCGCUGCCGCCUGGCUGGGAGGAACGCAUCGAUCCGGCUACCGGGCGCAUCUUUUACAUCUCGCAUGCGGAGAAGAAGACGAGCUGGGUACCGCCGACGCCGCCAAAGUACGAGAAGGCGCUUAAGGCACCGAAGCCGCAUAUUGAAAAAAUGACGCCAGAGUCAGUACGUGUCUGA